CUGAGAGCACCAGAGAAGCAGAAAAAAAGAAGCUUUCAAGAGAAAGGCAGGGAGCCAAUAACAGCUCCCCUUGGCAGGAUUACGAGUCUAUAGACCCUUAAGGACCCAGGCUGAUAGAUGAGAGGAGCGACAUCCAGAGCCAUCUGAAAUAGAAUUGAAAGACGUUUGGCAAAGGAGCCAUGGAGCUGGGAGAGGGGAGCGCUCAGCAGACAAGGCAAGUGCUGCUUUUCUUUGUUUUCCUGGGAGGGUCUCUAGUGAGUUCUGAGACCCGACGCUAUUCCGUGGCAGAGGAAACGGAGAUCGGCUCCUUCAUAGCCAACGUAGUGAAAGACAUGGGUUCCAAUGUGAAAGACCUGGCUGCGCGGGAGGCCAGAGUCAUCUUUGACGACUAUACACCACAUUUGCGGUUGGAUCCGCAGACUGGCGACUUGCUCAUAAAUGAGCAGCUGGACCGGGAGGCACUUUGCCCUCUCACUGAGCCAUGUAUAUUGCAUUUCCAAGUGUUAUUUGAAAAUCCUUUGCAAUUUUUUCGGGCAGAGCUUUGGGUUGAAGACAUAAAUGACUACACUCCUACGUUUCUAGACAGGCAUAUAGUUCUGAAAAUCCCAGAAAAUACUGCACCAGGAACCUUCUUUCCAAUGGAGAGUGCUCAGGACUUGGAUGUAGGAAAGAAUGGUGUCCAAAACUACACAAUCAGCCCCAACCCCCAUUUCCACCUUAAAUUACAAGGCAGUGAUGAGGGCAGGAAAUACCCAGAGCUGGUGCUGGACCACCCUCUGGAUAGAGAAAAGGAGCCUGAGCUUAGUUUGACUCUAACAGCCUUCGAUGGCGGGUCCCCACCCAGGUCCGGGACUGCGCUGAUUCGCGUUGUUGUCCUGGAUGUCAAUGACAACGCUCCCCAGUUUGAGAGGCCAGUCUAUGAGGUUCAGGUACCAGAGGACAGCCCUCUGGACUCCUUGGUCAUCACAGUAACUGCUACAGAUUUAGAUGCAGGAAUAAAUGGAGAACUAUCUUAUUCAUUUUCCCACGCCUCGAGAGAUAUACGGAAAACAUUUGAAAUUCAUCCAAUUUCUGGUGAAGUCCAUUUAAAAGCACUUUUGGAUUUCGAGUUAAUACAGUCGUAUACAAUAAAUAUUCAGGCUAUUGACGGUGGGAGCCUCUCUGGAAAAUCAGCCAUUCUAGUUCGGGUUGUAGAUGUGAAUGACAACCCACCAGAAAUAACCAUGACAUCUCUUACCAGCCCCAUACCAGAAAACUCCGCACCGGAGUUUGUGGUCGCAGUUUUCAGAGUACGAGAUAAAGACACUGGGGACAAUGGGAGGACCGUUUGCUCAAUUCAGGACAAUCUCCCGUUUCUCCUGAAGCCUACCUUCAAGAAUUUCUACACCCUAGUAACAGAGCGCCCACUGGACAGAGAGACCAGCACGGAAUAUAACAUCAGCAUCACCGUCACUGACUUGGGUACCCCCAGACUGAAAACCGAGCACAAUAUAACCGUCUUGAUCUCCGACGUCAAUGAUAAUACACCCACAUUCACCCAAAAUUCAUACACCCUGUUUGUCCGAGAGAACGAUAGCCCGGCCUUGCAAAUUGGCAGCGUGAGCGCCUUAGAUAGAGAUUUUGGCACCAAUUCCCAGGUCUCCUAUUCCCUGCUGCGGCCCCAGGACCCACACCUCCCCCUCGCCUCCUUGGUCUCCAUCAAUGCAGACAACGGACACCUCUUCGCUCUCAGGUCGCUGGAUUACGAGGCCCUGCGAGCCUUCGAGUUCCGCGUGGGCGCGACAGACGCAGGCUCCCCCGCGCUGAGCAGCGAGGCGCUGGUGCGCGUGGUGGUCGUGGACGACAACGACAACUCGCCCUUCGUGUUGUAUCCGCUGCAGAACGGCUCUACGCCCUGCACCGAGCUGGUGCCCAGGGCUGCCGAGGCGGGCUACCUGGUGACCAAGGUGGUGGCGGUGGACGGCGACUCGGGCCAGAACGCCUGGCUGUCCUACCAGCUGCUCAAGGCCACCGAGCCCGGGCUGUUCAGCGUGUGGGCGCACAAUGGAGAGGUGCGCACUACCAGGCCGCUGAGCGAGCGCGACGCCGCCAAGCACAGACUCGUCGUGGUGGUCAAGGACAAUGGCGAGCCACCAAGGUCGACCAGCGUCACUCUGCACGUGCUCCUGGUAGAUGGCUUCUCGCAGCCCUACCUGCCACUCCUGGAGGUGGCCGCCGACGAGGUCCAGGCCGACUCGCUCACGGUCUACUUGGUCAUUGCGUUGGCGUCGGUCUCCUCGCUCUUCCUGUUCUCGGUGCUCCUGUUCGCCAUGGUACGAUUGUGCAGGAGGAACAGGGCUGCCUCAAUGGGUGGCUGCUCGGUGUCUGAGGGCCACUUUCCGGGCCACUUGGACGUCAGCGGCACGGGGACCCUGACCCAGAGCUACCAGUACGAGGUGUGUCUGACAGGAGGUUCUGGGACAAAUGAGUUCAAGUUCCUGAAGCCAGUUAUCCCCAACCUAGCUCCCCAGGGCGCUGAAAGGGAAAUGGAGGAAAGCUCCACCUUUCUCAAUGGCUUUGGGUUCAAUUAGGAAUCUGAUUAUGAUGCAAAACUUUUAGAAAGAGUGUUAUUCUUUUGAAACUUUAUUCAUUGUAAUGUAAAGUACUUUGUUUUGGGGAACUUCAUCUUACAUAUGAGUUUUCAGAAAUUUCUUUGAUUUAAGCCUUUCUUUUCUGCUCUUCAUAUUAACUGUGAAAAGUUAAAGGAGCUGGGAUUUGUGCAGUAUUUGUUCCCAAAUUCAACCUCCAAUAGUUUAUUCAAAUAUAUAGCAUUUUUCCCUUCAAGCUUAAUUGCACGGUAGAUCCAGUCAUAUUCUCUGGAUGUUCUGGUCCUGGAUCCUUCUGACAAAAGUUUUUAUAUGUUUUCUAUUAUUAUUAUUAUUGAGAAAAUGCAUACUUGAUAUUAUUACAGAGAAAAUGCUUGCUGUGAAUAAUAGAAUUGCUUUGCUAUCUGGCUAAGCUAGGGGCCCUGGUGGCACAGUGGUUAAAGUGCUUGGCUGCUAAUUGAAAGGUCAGCAAAGAUGUGAUAGUUGGUGAAAGAUGUGACAGUAUGUUUCCAUAAAAAUGUCUGGCCUUGAAAACCCUAUGGGACAGUUCUGUUCUGUCUUAUAGGGUCACUGAGUCAGCAGUGGGUUUUUGGUUUUCUGGUUAGGCUGGUUUUUAAGAUAUUAUCUAAUUUAGGGUUUUUUUGUUUUGUUUUUA